AUGUCUGACGAUUAUUCAGACAGCGCAGCUUAUUCGGAAGAAGCCAAGCAUGGACCUUCACGGAAGCUGCGAUUAUUCAGCAUGUUCAAACACCGGUUACGUCGGCCUGGUCUUCCCCGUUUGACGAUGCUACGAAAAUUCAUCCUCCUUUUAUUUAUUAUACUCACUGCUACACUCUUGAUUUCACUCAAUAUCAAGCGCAUCAGGAAGAGAAAGAACUUUGAUGAUGGCGUGGAUCUACCUGACUAUACGAACCCAAAGGAUCGCCGUAUGGGCAUGAAAAACCUCAGUUCAAAGAUCGAUUUUCCUUUCGAGGUAGGGUGCAGAGUUCCAGACACAAACGCUCCUCGGGCAAAUGCCUCAUUUGUUAUGCUAGCUAGAAACUCCGAGUUGGAUGACGUUGUGAAAUCCAUGGAGUCUUUGGAAAGGCAUUUUAAUCAGUGGUACAACUACCCAUGGGUCUUCCUCAACGAUGUGGAAUUCACAGAUGAGUUUAAAACUACUGUUCAGAGCCAUACCACGGCUAAAUGUGAGUUUGGCACUGUUGCACCGGAGAAGUGGAACUUUAGUCCGGACAUCGAUCCGGAUGUGCUUAAGGAGAGCAUCGAGAGCCAGGGAGAUCGCAAGAUUUUCUAUGGUAACAUGGAAUCAUACCACAAGAUGUGCAGGUUCUAUUCUGGCGAAUUCUUCAAGCACCCACUUGUUCUGAGAAAUGAAUGGUAUUGGAGGGUCGAGCCCGAUGUACAAUUCUUCUGCGAUUUGACUUACGAUCCCUUUCUUGAGAUGGAAAAGCAUAAGAAGAAGUAUGGCUUCACGGUCGCCAUUGGAGAGAUUUAUUACAGUGUCCCCACCCUCUUUUCCACGACCAAGGCAUUUAUCAAAGAGCAUGAAAUCAAGGUGAAGUCUGCUUGGGAAUUCGUCGCCGACAGGUACAGAGCGGUGAAGGGUAAGAAUGCAGCUAACUACAAGGGAAAUGACCGGAUGACUGACCGUCAAUUUGAAACGAAGGUGGAAAAAGACCUUAACUUGCGACGCUUGCUCGCCAAAAGUGGCAAGACUGAUAAGGAUUUUGCAGCAGUCAAAGAUUCUGAUAAUAUUAGGAAUAUCUUUGACGAGUCAUACGACAAACCAAGCAUUCCCUUGGACAAAUUUGAUGACGAGGAAUACAAUCUUUGCCAUUUCUGGUCAAACUUUGAGAUUGCACGCACUGAUCUCUUCCUUUCAGAGCAAUAUCAAUCCUACUAUGAUUAUUUGGAAAAGGAUGGUGGGUUUUAUAGAGAGCGGUGGGGAGAUGCCCCCGUUCAUUCAAUCGCGGUGGCCAUGCUCCUCGAAAGAGAAGAAUUGCAUUAUUUCCGUGACAUUGGGUACAAGCAUACGACCAUGGGUCACUGUCCCAACAAUGCACCGGGUAAACAGCUCCCAUAUGAGGCAGCACAACAAAAAUACGCUCACACAGAAAGCAACCCAUGGCUUAGUUUUAUGAGCAACAACUCGCCCGACCCAACUGCUCGAAAUGGCGUGGGUUGUCGUUGCGAGUGUCCUCCAGGUCACAAGGAUGUGGAGGAUUAUUCUAGCAUGUGUAUUAAGCAUUACUCCUGGGUCAUGUCAGACCAGUUUGAGGAGACGACGCCAUUCGACUUGGACGCAAUAGAGCAAAGGAUUGAUGACAAAAUCGACCGCUACCUUAAACUAGGUGGGGAAUUUGCCAAAAACUCUGUUCAAAACAUGAAUUGA